CAGUUUCACCUGAACGUCUGUAGGCACUGCUCCUCAGGCAUCCUUCCCAAUGAGAGGAUCCGCAAUAUCGGCAUCUCUGCCCACAUCGACUCGGGGAAGACAACGUUAACGGAGCGAGUCCUCUUCUACACGGGCCGGAUAGCACAAAUGCACGAGGUGAAAGGUAAGGAUGGAGUUGGAGCUGUCAUGGAUUCAAUGGAGCUAGAGCGACAGCGUGGAAUCACGAUUCAGUCUGCAGCAACGUAUACCAUGUGGAAGGACACCAACAUCAACAUCAUAGACACGCCAGGACAUGUAGACUUCACAAUUGAAGUAGAGAGAUCUUUGAGAGUUCUUGAUGGAGCUGUUCUGGUUCUCUGUGCUGUUGGAGGAGUUCAGUGCCAGACAAUAACCGUGAACAGGCAAAUGAAGCGUUACGGCGUGCCGUUUGUAACGUUCAUCAAUAAGCUGGACCGACAGGGCUCUAGUCCAGCCAGAGCAGUCCAGCAGUUGAGAUCCAAGUUAAAACACAACGCAGCUUUUGUUCAGAUGCCAAUUGGUCUGGAGGGAAACUUUAAAGGAGUUAUAGAUCUAAUUGAAGAACGAGCUAUAUAUUUUGAUGGUGCAUUUGGCCAGACUGUUCGAUACGAUGAAAUUCCAGCUGAGUUCAGAGCAGAGGCUGCAGAUCGCCGUGGGGAAUUGAUCGAGUGUGUUGCUAAUUCGGAUGAUCAACUCGGGGAGCUGUUCUUGGAAGAAAAGAUUCCUACAGCUGCUGACUUAAAGCUUGCAAUCAGAAGAGCAACACUGAAAAAGUCCUUUACCCCCGUACUUGUGGGAAGUGCUUUGAAGAACAAAGGAGUACAGCCACUGCUGGAUGCUGUCUUAGAAUACCUCCCAAAUCCUUCAGAAGUUGAGAACUAUGCUAUUCUUAACAAGGGGGAUUCUGAGGACAAAGCCAAGUUCCUACUGAACUCCGCUCGAGACAAUUCCCAGCCUUUUAUAGGCCUUGCUUUUAAACUAGAGGCUGGCCGUUUCGGGCAGUUAACUUAUCUCCGAGUUUAUCAGGGGAUGCUGAAGAAGUCUGAUUAUAUUUAUAACACUAGGACUGGCAAGAGAGUGCGUGUCCAAAGACUUGUCCGAAUGCACUCAGACAACAUGGAGGAUGUAAACGAAGUUUAUGCAGGAGACAUAUGUGCGUUGUUUGGAAUUGAUUGUGCAAGUGGGGAUACGUUCACUGAUAAAACGAGUACUGACAUCUCCAUGGAAUCAAUUCACAUCCCUGAUCCUGUCAUUUCGGUAGCUAUGAAGCCUUCCAACAAGAAUGACCUCGAUAAAUUUUCAAAAGGCCUGAGCCGCUUUUCAAGGGAAGAUCCCACCUUUAGGAUCCAUUUUGAUGAUGAGAGCAAAGAGACCAUUGUUUCUGGAAUGGGAGAACUGCACCUGGAAAUCUAUGCCCAGCGAAUGGAAAGAGAAUACGGUUGCCCUUGCACCAUGGGAAAGCCAAAAGUUGCCUUUAGAGAGAACAUAUCUGCACCUGUGCCGUUUGAAUAUACACACAAGAAACAGACUGGUGGAGCAGGCCAGUAUGGCAAAGUUAUAGGAGUCCUUGAGCCCCUGGAUCCUGAAGACUACACAAAAUUAGAAUUUGAAGACAGAACUAUUGGCACAAAUAUUCCAAAACAAUUUGUGCCUGCUGUUGAAAAGGGAUUCCGAGACGCAUGUGAAAAAGGUUUAACGUCAGGGCACAAGAUAUCUGGAGUCCGAUUUGUCUUAGAAGAUGGUGCACAUCAUAUGGUGGACUCCAACGAGUUCUCUUUCAUCAGAGCAGGAGAAGGAGCACUAAAGCAAGCUAUGGAAAAUGCCACCGUGCGUAUACUUGAGCCCAUUAUGGCAGUGGAGGUGAUGGCACCCGCGGAGUUCCAGGGAGCAGUGAUAGCUGGAAUUAAUCGUCGGCAUGGAGUGAUCACAGGGCAAGACGGCUUGGAGGGUUACUUUACUCUCUAUGCUGAGGUGCCACUGAAUGAUAUGUUUGGAUAUGCCUCUGAGCUGCGGUCUUGCACAGAGGGAAAGGGUGAAUAUACAAUGGAAUACAGUAAAUAUCAACCCUGUUUGCCCAGUACUCAAGAAGAAAUAAUUAACAAAUACCUCGAAGCAACGGGACGACUUCCUGCAAAAAAGGGCAAAGCGAAAAGCUGACUUUUUUUUCCCUCUUGAGUACACUGAAUGGUUCUUCACAAUCUGCUCAAAAAGUUCGGUUGCCCAAGCCAUACAAGCAAUCAAUCCUGGUUGGAUAAGUGCAGGCUUCAGUGGGUCUUGGACUUGAAUUUCAUCGUAAUAUCCUCCCCUUGUGGUACGCACAGAAGUAUCACAGGGAGAUUAGAGCUGAAUUGUUCAGAUGUAAAUGCUGCUUGUUAUCAAAAUACAGAAAUACUAUAACAUUGAUAAUAA